AUGAGGUUUUUUUUUAAUAAUUUGUUAUUUCAAUUAACUAUAUUUCAAAUUUGUCUUUUAAUAAUAUUUAUCAAUGGAAAUGUUUUAAAAAGAGAUCAUGUGGAUACUGUAACUGAAGCAACUGUUGAUCCUUCAGCAGUUGUUGUAUCUAUUGAAAUGGGAAAUUUUGUUAAUCUUCCAACUGUAUUUGUGGAUAAUUCAUCCAAAAAAAUUAUCAAUGAUGAUAUAAAAUCAAACAAUUUAAAUUCUGUAACAUAUAAUUUAGUUAAUCCAUCUAAUAUUGAUACUCAAGGAUCAAAUAUUGUAGAAAAUAAUACCAAUAAUUCUGCUGUAAUAAUUGGUGUUAAUAUUAUACCUUCAGAAACUCUUGUUCCAACAAUUUUACCAAGUACUACAUCAACAAAUAUUAUUACAUCUACUACUUCUACUACUACAACAACAACAACAUCUACAACUACAUUACCAUCAACAAUUAAUGAGACAAAUAUAAUGUUUAUUGAAACAUCAACUACAACAACUUCUUUACCAUCAACAGAAGAUACUUUUGGUAAAAUAACAUUAGAUGCUGUUGCUGAAGAGAAUGCAUCAAUGAUACAAUUAAUAACUAAAAAUCCACCAACAUCAGAUGAAUCUAAUAUUUUAAAUGAUCUUUUACCAACAGAUCCACCACCAACACUUAAACCAACAAAAGCAGCUUUAGGAAAUGAAGAAGUAAUACAUAAUUCAUUUGGAGAAGUAUCAACAAAUUAUCAAAAAAAUGUUGAAUCAAAAGAGGCAGAGGAACCAGAAGAUGUAGAAUUAUGUUUAGGAAAUAGACAUCUUCUUCCACGUAUAGUUGUAAAUAGUCUUGAAAAACAAAAAAGAAAAUUAUCACGACUUAUUAAUCGUAUAAAUGAACAACAAAAACAACAUUGUCGUCCAGAUCGUUCUCGAUAUCAAGUUGAAUAUCAUAAAUGUCCAUUAUGGCGUAGUGAAAAAAUGGCAUAUUUUUAUCAAUAUAUGCGCUUAGUUUAUUGUGAUGAUUAUGAUAAAUAUCCAGAAUCAAAUAAAUUUAAAAGAACUUACGGUCCACAAAUAAGUUUAUAUGAAAAAAUGUACGCAUUUCAUCAGCAAAAAAUUUAA